UCUUUGCUUCGCAGAAUGACUGGUUCGUUUUCAAGUACAUAACAAGUGCUUUUUAGUUACAACUACAAUGUACAAGUGACAAAUCACUCACAGUCAGGUUCAUUCCUUGCGUGGAAUUGGGCUCGCCCAGCUUCCAAAUCUCCCACUUCCCAAUCUGUUUGCUCAGUUAGUUUCGUCCGGGACGCAGCCUGUUUUGUAAAUCAACUGGUUACAAAGUCAUCCUUGCCAUCACUAAACAUCACACCACCGGAUCUGUGCUUCGAUCUCGCCUGGUCCAUGUUGUUUGGCUGUUGUUUUCUUUCAUCUGCGCUGAACCAUCUCUUCCUGGCGGCCGUGUGAUAGUCGUAUCAACGGGGUUUGUGGAGACUGAGCGCGAUUUUCCUUUUCUGCAAGUUUGUAACACAUUCUACAUCUAGUAGCAUUGUAGUAAAGGCUGUACUGAUACUGAGUGAUCGUUUGACCGGUAAGUCAACAUGGCGCACAGUUUGUUGGUACAUACGGGCAACUUGAAGCUGUCGAUGUGGCGCGAGGCUAACUGGAAACCCAACCAGUCCACAGAAGAAGAGUUCAAGAACAGCAUCACGAAAACCGUGUCCUCGGUCUCAUCCGACUCUCUGCCAAAUGAAGGAUUGGCAUGCGUGCGCCACAGCUCAGCUAUACAGACCAUAACGGAGGCAGAGAGGCCUAAUCUUUCCAUAACAGUGAAGGUAUUUCUGAACUCCAUGCAGCCCCAGCUGCUACGGGAUGCUGUCACGAGAGUUUUGUCGGAGCUGGAGUUGGGAAAGAUCGACACGCUGCUUCUGUCUCUGCCGCUGGAUGACAGCGAGACAUUCCCCGAGGAGAUUGUUUGCCCAGUGUGGAAGGUUGCUGAGGAACUGCUUGACGCCGGGCAAGUUGGUCAGCUUGGCAUUGCUGAUCUUGAUGUCAAAAGCUUAGAACUGCUUUGCUCCUGGGCUAAGGUACAGCCAUCCAUCAACCAGGUCAACCUUGCGUCCUGCUGCGUUAUACCACAGGACCUGGUGGAGUUUGCACAAAGCAAGGGUAUCCAGCUGCAAACACAUCCAGACCCGAGGACUCUGCUUGCUCCUGGCGCUGUGCAGACGUGCGUGCGAAAUCCAGCGGCAGGCGGUCGGUGCUUGCAGCCCAGCUGGGUGGCUCGCUACUCCAGUGUCAUCACAUGCCGUGGUGUUGUUCAGCACAAGGGCUACGUGGCCCUGUUCAGCGAACCAUGCUCUCCGAGUGCUGUGAACGGGGGCAACCGCUGUGCGGAGUGACCAUGCACCCCGAGUGCUGUGAACGGGGGCAAUCGCUGUGCGGAGUGACCAUGCACCCCGAGUGCUGUGAACAGGGGGGGGGGGGGGGAAUAGCUGUGCAGAGUGAAAUGCGCUUGGAAUAAUGUCUGCCCUGCAUCAGGCCAUUUCUGAAAUCAUGUCAAUGACAACGUCCGUGCACUAAUGAGUGUUACUGUCCUGUGUGGACGUCACCUACUGUGCUUAUUCCGUGCGCCCAUGCUGUGUGCAGUGCGCUAAUCUUCUACAUCUGUGUGUGUGCGCGCGUGCCCUGAGUGUCUCACUCUUCUCCUUCUGCUGCUGCUGCUCCUGAACAGUGGAGUGUUAGUGUGAAGAGGUUGCUCACGUGGUCAGGUGACCAGUGUGGUUCACUAAUCAAGCGCCACAAUCUCAAUGUACAGCUCAACCCCUCCUGCUUUCUGAUCGGCACAGCUCAAUCUCUCUACUUUCUGAUCGGCACAACUCAAUCUCCCUGCUUUUUGAUCGGCACAGAACAAUCUCUCUACUUUCUGAUCGGCACAGAUCAAUGGGUCUGUUUUGUGUCCACAGCAGGCUCGACAUCUCUGCUUUUUAUCCAUAGCAUUAUUAGCAAUAGCAAGCCCAGCCUUAGAACCCAGCUGAGCGAGAAGCAGCCGUCACAUUUGCCUAGUCCGCGGCAGCAUUAGUAGGACGUACUUAGAGUCGGCAUACCUGUGCACGGCACGGGGUAGCUGCUCGUCUGCAUAUCCGGUAUCAGCUUGUUGACGCUAGCCACGCUCUCUUGCCAUGCUACGCUGUUGUACUGCCUAUAAUGAUGCACUAUUACCCGUACCUUAUUGGUGCCAGUUUUGAUGUUGUGGCGUUUGCGCAGUAUUUGACGCAAUGCUAUUUUUUUUUACUCCUAUGUUUUGUUUCCUUUUACUUGUAGGUGAUAACUUUUUAGAACUCAUUGGUUACUGAUAGGAGUUAUCCGCUCCACGAUCGA